AUGCAGGAGAACAAUUUUGCAAAUCAAUGUCGCUCUAAACGAGCGCCAAUUUCUCUAAGCCUAUCUCGCCAGAGGUCAAAUAUUUUGAGCUCAAUUUCUCAAAUUGAUCGUCAUCUAAAGCAGAUAUUGCGAGUUCGACAGCCUCCAAAGCCUUUAGUAGCCACAUUAGCUGAUUUGGCCAAGUCUGUAGAUAUCUUAUCUCCCGAAGAUAGAAUUCGCUCAUUAGUUACGGUACCAGGAAACAAGACAGCACAGGAAAUCAUAAUGAGACUUCUCAAAGGAGAGAUUAUAGCCGCUGAUGACGACGAAAUAUUAUUGCGUCGUUUUUUUUUGGGAAGCGAGGGCCUGAAGUCCGCCCAAUUUUGGAUCAAGCAGUUUGCCGAGGCACAUAAUGUCUUAACCGAGGCUGAUUGGAUCAAUAUAUCCAUCAACAAGGCAAGCAUCAAUGUUUUAUGA